ACCACGCGUUUAGUUAAAUUCCUGCAGUUUGCAGUUCGCACUCAAGCUUAAAGUCGCACAAGUGUCAAUUUGCACAUACGUAAUCUAAAAAUGGCAAACUUCACUUUCCAUCGCUCAAGGCAGCCUGGUAAAGUGAUACUUUUGCUUGUUAUUAUCACCUCCAUAUUGGUUUGCGCUAGUUUCAUCGAUGAAUGUGAUGCUGUGCGUCGUGUCGGUUUACCAGCCGACAGUGUCUUAAGUUCAGGUUAUAGUAGCCCUGGUAUCAGAGGUGGCGCCACUGGAAGACGUAAUUCACUUUCUCAACGCCGGAAAAAUAAUAAAACCAACACAAUAACAACGGAAAGUAAUAAAAUCAUGACGUCAUCGACAAACAAAAUGGUCGAUGGGUAGUUUUAUGUAUUUAUUUGGAUUCAAACAUAGAAAAUUAUGACGUAUUAGAUACUUAUAUAUGUGAUGUCUUAUCUGAAUUAUCAAAGACGUGACAUUUGUGACUCUGUAAUUGUGCGCCAAGUGUAAACAAAUGAUAAAAUACACGAAACACGAGAUACGGAACCUACCAAGCGCUGCUGCCUGCUGCACAUGUACGGCUUUCAGUCAGUCAGUAUUCAGUGCAACACAACGCCUCGUAGACGUCUUCAAUCAAUCAGUUGAUUAACUGUAAUUGUACAAUGCGCUUGUACUAUUAAAAUAAAUGUUUCAGUUCAUAAUGUGCAUUUGAUGCUGGUGGUUCAAGUGAGCAUAGUCUAAGUGAUAAAAUAAAAGUGUUUAAAAUGGCGGACCCGACGAUGCAGACGUUCUGCUGUCAUCGUACAGCGUCUGUUGGUGCGCAUAAUUCAAGCGAUGUAAUUGGACGUAUUAUGAUGGAAUUUAACACGGAUGCGUAUAAUAUUGUGUGUAUGUUUGCUUCUGGUUUGGGUAUUUUUGGUGCUGUUUAUCAGAUAUUACCUCGUCGUCAGUAUGCAAAUUGUCAUCGGUUGACUUCUGUAUCGGCUGCGCGUGUUCGGAAAAUAAUUGUGUGGUUGGCAGUGGCUGAUUUGCUCGCUGCUUUGGGGAUGUUCGUACGGGCAUUGUUGUGGCUCAACACUAAAACCAUCAUGCCUGCAAUCAAUGAUAACUCGAGUGUUUUAUUCUGCGCAUUGUCAUCUGCGUGGACUCAAUACUUCUACACAGCCACCUGGAUCUGGACAUUAUGUUACGCCCUAGACAUGCGAAGAAUUCUUGCAGAUCGCGAUGCAAACACACGUAAUUAUCAUUUGGUUGCAUGGACCAUUCCCGCAGUCACCACGUUAAGUGGGUUGUCUAUGUUGUAUCUACCAGAUGCAAGUUGCCAAACAACACAGUUAUUAACAACAGCAAUCAUUCACAUCUUACCAAAUUAUCUCGCUACAUAUCUUCCAAUGUUGACUGUAAUGAUAGCCAAUCCUUUGUUAUAUGGAAGUUCAAUGAAAGGAAUGGAACGUGAGGUGACAUCAUCUUACGGUCAACUUACCAGAAGAGAACGCGAUGUGAUGGACGCCUUUCGCAUCAAAUUCGCGGUCAUUAACAUUGUUUUCUAUAUUUGUUGGUUACCGAAUUUGAUUAAUGCUGUAUUACUUUGGUGUUUAUGGUUUCAUCUUCCCGUUAGAGUUAUAAUCACUAUUUGGUAUAUUAUGGCUUUUACGAAUCCGCUGCAAGCACUCUUCAAUUGUUUGGUUUACCGACGUUGGAGUAAAGGAUCUGAGCAAGUGGCAAUCCCAUGGUGUCGUUCACCGAGGUCAAAAUCAAACAACACCACAACUAAAAAGGAACCAAUCUCCAAAGAAGAAAAAUAUCCAUUGCUGGCAAAGUCAUCAACGUCGCCAUCUUUCAACGGCAAAUACACUUAACCAGUCGAGUAUUGAGUAUUGACGUGCGUUCGAUGCAAAUAUCAUCAUAUCGCACGAUUGUUCGCAAAUUGCGGUCGAGAUGUUGACUUUCCACGCUAAUUCUAAGAUCAACAAUUACUGAAUUGAGUGUGCAAACACAAUCGCCACUCUGCGCAAAACUCACGGAAUCCAUCUCCGUGCACGCGAUUACAUAAAACGACGAAGGCAUCAACGCGACUUAUAAAAGCGUGAGUUUUACUCAGCGCAAAUACGAUAAGUCCACCAACAGCAGAUCAACGCGAAACGCAAUCACAGCCAGUUGCGAGUUUUUGUACACACGACAAGCGACACACACGAUAAGUGAUAAGAUGCGUGCUGUGUGUCUUGCGAUUGCAACAAUCGCCAUCAUUGCGACUCUUGACGUAAAAGCAUCUUCGUUGAAGUGCACCAUGAUGCCAUUCGAGGCGAAAGAUGGCCGCACCGGCAAGUGCUGCGUGAUUUGGGACGAAGCUGAAAAACCAACCGCAGGUGUCGCUACAUCCGCACCGGUUUACCUUCCACCAUCAAUCUCCGAGACGCCAUCAACUUCCGGUUCCAGUAUGUCUUCCACAUCAGCGGCGACACUCUCCAAAACGGACCUGCGUAAGAAAGUAAUCGACACACCGCGAGGGUGUCGCGACGGGCAAGUCAUCGACGUGAACGGCGAUUGUGUCGACCCGUUCGACUGAGCCAUCGCCGCCCGCCCACGGUUUUCAUAAUUUUAUAAACAAUAUUAUCAUUUGAACGAAGUAAAUAUUUAAUUAUCUACGGAUUAAAAAA